AUGGCUGCUUAUGCUGCUGUAACUUCUCUAAUGGGAACAAUACACCUGAUUUCACAAUCCAACUCAUUACACCUUGAAAAGGACCACAAAGAACAUUUGGAAUCACUCUACGAGAAGGUCAGCUCUGUGCUAGAGUUUCUUGACAAUUCUGAUGAUGAACCAAUGAAGGCUUUGCAAGAAAAGGUAGAAGAUUUAGCAAAUGAAGUAGAACACGAAGUCGAAUCUCAAGUAUUACUGGUUAUGGAGAAGGAUGAACAGGUUCGAACAGAGGCAAAUGAGAGGCUUCUUAAGAUCUUGCGACAAGCUAUACAAGACAUGGAUUCUGUGAAGAAAGAGUUCAUCAAGCUGCAGAGGAGGAAUAACAAUUUGCUAGCUGGAAAUCGUUCGCUUUCACCACGAUUGCAUGUUUCAACCCUUGAGAAGGACAUGGUGGGGCACAGCAAUGAACGAAAGCACAUGCUAGAUCUACUUACCGGACGCUCAUCUCAACUGCAAGUCAUCUCUAUUGUUGGAAUGGGCGGCAUAGGUAAGUCAACUUUUGCCAAAAAUAUGUUUUCUGAUUCCUCAAUUGUGGGCUUUUUUGAUGUUCGUGGAUGGAUUACUGUGUCCAAGGACUAUAGUAUAAGAAAGAUGCUUCUAUCCUUCCUUCAAGAGGCUAUUGGCGUGAAUGAAGAGCUUGAUGAGAAAGAAGAUGGAGAACUAGCUGAUUGCUUGCAGAAAAGUUUAAAGAGAAGAAGGUAUUUGAUUGUUGUGGAUGACAUAUGGAGCAGCGAUGCCUGGGAUGAUAUUAAACUAUGGUUUCCAGAUGACAGUAAUGGAAGUCGAAUAUUGUUGACUACUCGGGACAUUAACGUUGCUCAAUACGCUAGCUCUCCCGAGGGACUUUUUCCAAUGCGUUUCCUAGAGCCAGAGGAAAGUUGGAAUUUGUUUUGCCAAAAGGCGUUCGGCAAAAUAUAUUGUCCAGCUGAAUUUGAGAGUGUCGGAAGGGAGGUUGUAGAAAAUUGCAAAGGAUUACCACUGAUGAUUUCGGUGGUUGCGGGGUCUCUUUCUAGGAAGAGGACGCUGCACGAGUGGGAUGAAGUAGCUCAAAGUGUAAGCUCAUUAGUAGACGUUGAUGAUUAUCAACGUUGCUCAGGAGUGCUCGCUUUGAGCUACAAGCAUCUUCCUUCACACUUGAAAGCUUGCUUUCUGUAUUUUGGAGUUUUCAAAAAAGCUAGUGAAAUUGCUGUGGAAAAGUUGAUUCUAUUGUGGAUGGCAGAAGGACUCUUUGAGCUGAGGGGGAUUGGGGAGUGGGAAAAAGUGGCUGCUAAAAUCCUAUAUGAUCUUAUUGGUAAAAGUCUAAUUGUUGUUAGCAAGCAUAGUUUGGAUGGAAAUAUCAAGACAUGUAGGAUUCAUGAUCUUCUCCAUGAUUUAUGCUUGAGAGAAGCUGAAAGCGAGAAUCUUUUGUACGUUCCAGAUUCCUACAUUUCUGACCCCGAAAGUGUUAUUCAACAUCGUCGGUGGGUUUCAUUUCAUUUAGAGGAAGAUUGUUUUUUUGACUCUCUUACUUACAGUAAAACACGUUCUGUUUUUCUUUCGGGUAUAGAGUUGGGCAGUACUAUUGAUUUAGGACUAGACCAUUUCAAACUUCUUAGAGUAUUGGACUUGGGGCGAUUGCGCCGGAGUAGUCUCCCUGAGGGAUUAUCUUACCUGGUUUCCUUGAGAUAUUUGGCUAUGUGGAAUUUGAACACGACUAAAUAUCUACCAGUUUAUAAGCUUCAAAAUUUACAAACUUUUAUUAUGCGUGAAAGAAAAACAACAAUAAAACCCGGUUUUUGA